UUAAUCUUUGAUAUCUCUGCCGACAAAAAAAGAAAACUGAACCUUCUAUUCAAAUCAAAAGGAGGUUACAACCAAAAGAUAAACCGCCUCUCGCCAUUUUCCCUCUCGGACAUAGUGUGAGGAAAUUGAUGGGAAAAACGAACGCCAGCGUCCCUAAUAGCCUCCUCAUGUUACAUAAAGAAUCAAUUGAAAAUACUUGGGAGAUCACAGAAUAAGUUCAAAACUCGUUCAAUAAGUUUCUCCUUUCCUUUCUUCUGGAAAAGAGGUUUGAAGAAGGAUAAAGGAUUAGGGUGGGGGAGUGGAUGGCGACUCCAUUGCCCCAAAACGGAUAAUGCCCCAACUGUACUUACUCAUGGCCCCACCCCUUCCUUCCCUUCUAAGCUUACACAUCAGCACCUCUCCUUCCUCGUGGACGAAUCCCCCCUUCCUUCUCCCUCGCUUCUCUCCCCCUUCCUAUCAUCCGUCGAACCUUCUACAUUCUUCUCGAACCUUCUCUCCUGUCGCUCCCCCAUGUCUCGCACCCCUAGAUCCACCGGUACCGUCAGGUGGUUCAAUGCCUACAAGGGUUUCGGAUUCAUCGCCCCUGAUGACGGCGGCGAUGAUCUCUUUGUCCAUCACACUUCCAUCCGAUCCCAUGGUUAUCGCACCCUGGCCGAGGGUCAGCCCGUCGAGUUUCUCCUCGACUACGCCCAAGAUGGACGAACCAAAGCUGUUGACGUCAUUGCUCUCCUGAGAUCCCGUCGUCCUGGUGGCGGUGGAAGAGGGUUUUAUGGCGGCAGAGGCAGAGGGGAUGGAUAUGGCGGGCGCUAUAUUGGCGUGAAUACUCGCAGCCGUCCUUAUCGGUAUGGUCGCUGUGGCGGGAUGGGGCGGAGGGGUGGAGGCUACGCUGGUGGCAAUUACAGCGAGGGCCUCGAGUGUUACAAUUGUGGCCGCGUGGGUCAUUUGGCGAGAGACUGUUAUCAGGGUGCUGGUGGUGGUGACACUCGCAGACGCGGUGGUGGUACUAGUGGCGGCGGCGGAGGCAGGGUGUGCUUUCAUUGCGGUGAGGAAGGGCAUUUUGCGAGGGAAUGUCCCAAUAUUGAGAAAUGAGAAUGUUAGCUCGGUGCAGAAGAAGAUGGGCCAGGACUAUUUUUUCUCGGCAGCCGUUUCUAGCUGUUGGCAUGAUGCUGAAUCUUGUUUUACAGGAUUUGGUAAUUGUUAAUCACUUUAUUAAUCACAGCUUUUGCUGACUAAUUGUUGGUGUUCUCCUCUUUUGAUGGUCGUACAACUUGUGAAUGUGACGUAAUGGAAGGCUUAAUUUUUUUUCUUUUUGGGGACCUGAGUGGAAGGCUUAAUUGAACGACUAUUAGUCUAUUACAGUGAAUUCUUACCUUUCCCGCUGUCUUCAGAAUCCUCCAUGCCGCUGCUCACCGCCUUUGUUAUUAAAUUCUCCGCUAUGGCUACAUGCUACCAGCACCGUGUUCUUUUUGUGGAGGGGACUGUGCUGGGUGGCCUUUGGCAUUUGGAAUUUUGAAUGUUGGUGCUCUCAGGAGAAGAUGUGGGAGGCCAUUUUUAGACUGCACAGUUCUCUACUUUCAUACGUGGAUAUACUAUGCUGUCGUUUGUGGUUUACCGGUCUCACCUUGAAACUUAUCAUAUGUUAUUGACGAUGCUCUCCUUUUUGUACGAGUUUAUUAAUCUCAUUAAUUAGUUUAAGUAGUUUCUUUUUUGAUAGUCAGCAUUUGAACAUCUCCAUAUUUAUAAUUUCUAUUUAUAAUUUAUUCUAUUUGUACAGUCAAGGUCGAUGAGUUUUUUUUCCC